UUAUAGGACAUUGCAUGAACACAAAACUGUGUGGAAAAUGCUGAAAACAAUUCCAGAUUUGACCUGUCAACUACCUGAGGAGCAUCUGAAAACUCUCAGUAAGAGUGUCAUUUCCGAAACCUGGGUAAAAGGCAGUACAGUGGUUGGAAAUGAUGGAUUUUAUAUAAUACUGAAAGGCUCAGCUCGACCUCAAACAAAGGUACAUGGAAAUCUGAUUGAAGAAAAUGAGUCAACAGCCUCUUUCAUACCUCAGAGUUUUCAAGAAUUUGUCAGUGAAGACUUCAAAAACUUUAAACUUGCUGAGAUGAACACACCUUCAUGUGACGCAACACUUCGACAAUGGAGUACCUUUGGAACCCUGGAAGUUGCAGCUCAGACCAAAUCAGAAACAAAGGAGCACUCGGUGAUCACAGAAGAAGAUUGUGAAAUUCUUAAAAUCCCUGCAAAGGAUUAUGCAAGGUUAAAAUCGGAAAAAAUAAAACUUGAAAAUAAAGAAAAGGUGAAAUUAAUUCGUAAAUGUCCAUAUUAUGAAGAGUGGCCCACUUUAUCCAUAUAUGAGCUAGUUGCACUCAUUAAAUGGAAAAAAUUUCCUCCAGGUCAUGUGAUAGUGGAAAGUGGAAAGAUAAUUUCUUUUGUGGCUUAUAUUAAUUCUGGAUAUUGUGACAUUUAUAGAAAUAUUGUAGGACUUACGAAACUACAAUCAAAAAAAGUGAAAAAAAUUCAAAAACUUGUUUAUAUGGGUAGACUUAAGGAGAAGGAGUCCUUUGGUGAAAUUAGUGUUCUUCUUCAAGUUCCUUUCACAUGCACAAUAGUUACUGGAAAAGAGGUUGAGAUGGCAAUCAUUGAAGAUAAGGACCUAUUUGAUUCAGAACUUAUACCUCAAGUCAUUUAG